AUGGAAGACACAAAGACAAAUAUCGAUUUUAUUGACGAAUGUGUGGCUGAACUACGGCUUGAUAAUGACGUAACACCAGAAAUGUUACAGGUAACAAAAGAUUCGACAGUUAGAAAAACAGAUGGGAUAAAAGUUCUCUCAAAUUUUAACGUCUGCUCAGAGAUGACUGAUGACGAGCAUGUUAAAGGUGUUGUCCGGGUAACGGAAGACGAGGAGUGCACAACGACAGUAAAAAGUGCUAUCAUGUUAACACUUAAACCUGUCACAGAAACGUCAGGGGAGAAAAUCGAUCACACCAAAAUUCUAACUUGUACCUCCACGAGUUAUGAAAUGGAUUCCAUAAACACAGAUUCCAAUCGACCUGCUACAAAUGGUACCCAGGGUACCCCCUGUCUAUCUGGGGACGCGAGCCUGGUGCAUGGAGAUGCAGACACCGUUUGUCCCGUGUGUGGCGACAGUUACAAGGACCCACGGAUUUUACCAUGUCUCCAUUUAGCCUGUCUACAAUGUAUAUACACUCUACAUAGUACAGAGAGUCAAAAUGGUCCAGGAUGUUCACAGGAACACCAGCUACCUAUACACUGUCCUCAGUGUUCGAAAAGCGACGGAGUAACAAACACUGAAAAGGUGCCACCAAACGCGUGGAUGUCGACUAACACUGAUCGUGUCAAAUGCAUGAAGGAAAAUGCUAGAGAAAUGCGGAGACUCCCAGCAGUGAUAUGUGAGUUUUGUUGUGAGGAGGAGCGCGCAGUUGCCGUGGUUACGUGUGUCGACUGCACGAGCGACCUAUGUCAGUUGUGCUCCGAUUCUCACAAGCGUCAGAGGAAAACGAGACAGCAUAUAUUGGUGGGUAUACCAUUUGCUGGAACGUCACAUCAAGCAGACGACGUUUCGUAUGACGUCAUGAAGUUACACGAACUUGUUCAAGAUGCCAGCCACAGAAAAGAUGACAUUCAAAAAUACUUGGACAACAUUCCGGCCACGAGAAAGGAGCUUCGCGAUAAUGCAGAGACUGUGACCAAAGAAAUCGACAUGUUUAUGGAUUCUUUUGUCAAAGCAGUAGAACAACAUCGGAAGUCCUUGUUACAACAGGUCAGCACAAUUCUACACGAAAAAGAGACAAAAUUGCAGGCACAACAAGACCAUCUUUGUCGGUUGCUAGGCAAGUUUGAAAAUGAUUGCAACAUCGCUGACGGCUUAUCUGUAAAUUGUACUGACAAUGAAAUUUCAGCAAAGGAAUCGACAGUGUCACAGAGGUUAAAACAACUCAUUGACAUCUCCAUGAAAGAGUGUGUUCCUGUGGAAACAACAUUUACUUUUUGUCGAGAACUAAAAGCAGAUGUCUUUGAGAACUUUCAAAUGUUUGGGCGUGUGCAAGGAUCACAAGCGUGUCCCUAUAAAUGUCAAGUGACCACACAAGAUUUAGCCAGUGCUAAAGUCGACAUUCCAUGUACCGUGAUAUUGACUACAAGAGAUACCGAGGACGAACCCUUCCCCAACCCCCCGGGACUCUUGGCGUGGGUGAGAUGUGGUAUUAAUGGACGUAGCCGUCUACCAGUGACGAUGAGAGAACGGAGCGAUGCCAUCUACGAUCUGACCUUUACUCCCCAGCAGUCGGGACCUCAUCAACUGUGUGUCCAAGUCGACAGCCAGGAUAUAUCGGGUUGUCCAUUCAAAUUUGAAGUAAAAUCAAAAUGGCGGGAACAUUCGGGUACCUGGCACUGUUGCUCGUUCUGCUCUUCAGCAGGAAGGAUGGACGUCCCGUGCGGAUGUGGAGCAGUUGUCAGAGGCUCCCGAGGUUGCUGGCAUGCACAGCCUGGAUAUCCUGGAGGGCCACAUUGGACAUGUUGUGGCAAGAUAUCGCGGCAGUCCCAAUGUAUAUAUGCAAUAAGGAAACACAACUCUAAUGUUAUGGAAGUGACUUUGUAA